AUGGCUGCUGAUAAACUUGURAAAGUUUUGGGUCUUGCGCCACAUCCAUACCAUCGUUCAAGUUUCUUCAAAGAGGUCUACAGGUCCUCUUUAAAUGUAAAACCACUGAAUGACGAUAGGCUUUCUAGAAAUGCCGGCACAUGUAUACAGCUGCUUAUGAAGGGAGACGAUGUCGACCCAUGGCACAAAAUCAUGUCAGAUGAAACUUUCCUAUACCACAAGGGAUCUUAUUUAAAGCUGUAUACAAUUGAUUCAAAAGGAAACUUAGGAUUUAAAGUAAUAGGUGAUGCAUCGCAAGAUCCCGAGGCAGUAUAUUCAGCUGUGGUUCAGGCGGGGACGUGGUUUGCUGGCGAACUUGUGGAUCAAGAGAAAGACUCAUUUGGGUUGUUCAGUGUAUUUGUGUGCCCAGGAUUCGAUUUUAACGAUUCAGAAGUCGGGAMACCUGACGAACUUGGGGUUUUAUUUCCCCAGCACAAGGAAAUAWUUCAGCGUCUUUGCCUUCGUAAAACGAUCUGA